AUGUCCACCGCUAGCAUUUUAACUACCCCUUCUACCGAGCCAAAGCUAUCCGUGGCUGCCAACUCGGAGAAAAAAGAAUCCGCGGAACCACCUUUCUAUAUCCUCCCUGACACAUUGCGCAAUUGGCCAUACGAGCGUAUCAUCAGCCCUUACUAUCGUGCUGCCCAAGCCGAAUCCGUCGCGUGGUUGGAAAGUUUCAAGCCGUUUUCUCCAGCUGCACAGGUAGCAUUCAACAAAUGUGACUUCAGUCUCGUGUCGGCAUUGACCUUCCCCAAAGCGACUCAUUACAAUCUCCGAAGUGCUUGCGAUUUGAUGCACACUUUUUUCACUCUGGACGAGCAUACCGAUCCUUUGAACACCGAGGAGACUAAGGUUCACUGUGAAGCCACCAUGGAUGCUAUUCUCAACCCCGACAAGCCCCGCCCGGCAGGCGAGCCAAUCAUCGGGGAGAUCGCACGCCAGUUCUGGAAGCGCGCUUCUGCCUACGCCCCCCAGGCAACCAAAGAGCGCUUUGUUAAGGCAUGGCGUUCCUACCUUGACUCGGUCAUUCUACAAGCCUCCCGCCGUGACCGCUCCCACUACAUAUGUACCAUUGAAGAGUACAUGGUAGCAAGGCGUGAUAACAUUGGCUCUGAUCCCUCUUUCACUUUCUUGGAGAUGUCGCUUGAGGUAGACAUCCCUCACCACAUCAUGGAGCACCCCACCAUCGUUCGCCUCAACAGGGAUACUACGGACAUGAUUGUCCUUGCCAACGACAUGUGCUCGUAUAAGAAAGAAAUCCUGGUUGACGACGCUGAUUACAACGCGGUCACUGUCGUAAUGCACAACAACAAAGUUGGUGUUGAUGAGGGCAUUCAAUGGAUUUCCGACCUCCACGACGAUAUUGUUGAUAACUUCCUGAAAUUGCGCGAGGAGGUCAUGACCAAGACCAACUUCCCUUCUUAUGGACCAGAAAUGGACCGUCAAGUUGAGGCUUACGUGGAAGGCCUUGGCCAAUGGAUUCGCGGUCACGAUGAGUGGAACUUCGGCUCCGGAAGAUACUUUGGAGAUGAGGGACUACACAUUCAGAAAACUCGCAAAGUCAUCAUUGCAUAA